AUCAUUUUGUUUAUUCUGCGAGCGAUUAUUCGCAAAUAUUGGACGCCGAUCAGAGAUAUACCAGGCCCAUUUUUGGCGUCUUUUUCGAAACUAUGGCUGGUUUACCAUUUGCGGAAGGGCCAUGGCGAGAAAAAGCUGAUUGAUUUUCACAAGAAGCAUGGAUAUUUUGUUCGCAUUUCGGAGAAUGAAGUCAGUGCUUCUCACCCAGACGCAGUAAAGCAGCUUCCCCAUGCAAAUAUUGCUAAAAUUCUGCCAGACUACCAUUAUGUGAACCAGAUGUCUGAACUGAACCCAAAGCGGCACAUUGAAAUGUCGCGCAAUAUAGCCGCCGGCUUUGCACUAUCAAAUAUCAUCAAGUCCGAGUCCCACGUGGACGCAAUCCUCCACUGCCUCAAAGAGCACCUCGAUGCACUAAGCAAAAGCAACCAGGUUGUAGAAUUUGACAAAUGGUUCAACUUCUUUGCCUUCCCCGAAGGAGUGGUUGUCAGUAUCAACGCAUGGGUCUUUCAUCGCAACCCUCAGAUUUUCGGCGCCGAUUGCAACAGCUUCAACCUAGACCGUUGGCCUCAAACGGACACGAGUUAUAUCGACUCAUUUUUGAUCCAUGAACGCAUUUUAUAA